AUGUAUGUAAGACAAUUUAUCAGAAGGCCAUUGAGGCAGCACAUGGUCCAAUGGUCGAAAAUUCAGGCAAUUCGACAGACAAGACUGAUCUCAGAAGAGUCGAUUUUGCGUCAGAGCGAUUUGGGAGAGGAUGACGAUGCGACGAAUACGGGUGUGAUCCUCAAAGAGAAUAAAGAGACUCUUCUUUAUUUUGACAGACUCACUCCUUUUAAGGCCGGAAGAUAUGACUUCAGUAGGUUACUGGGUUCAUUCAUUAUGGAUUAUUCGGACAACGGUCUCAGAAAAAGAGUUCUCGAUCUAGCUCAAGAUAGCAACUCUCCAAACGGUUUACAAAUUAAGGGCUUCAAAUACAUACCGAGGGAUGGCGGAGCCUUUGUCAAGUUUGCAGUUCCACAAGACAUGGAUGUUAAGAUGUUCAAUAAGCAGAUAAUGGACAGCGUCAGCAAAAAAUUCAACGACUCAAUAUGGCAUUAUUUGACUCACGUUCGUUGCUUCCCUGUGAAAGGUACCCCAUGGAUUGAAGACCUUCGCAGGUAUCCUAGUCCCAGAAUCAAGAUAUGGUUCGAAGGGCCGCGCCUUACUCAAGAAAACUUAUACCUAUUGUUAAGACGGUAUGGAGAGAUAAAUGACAUCAUUCCACCCCCUCCAGAUUCGAAAGACCCAUUCACAAUUGUCAUUUAUAGAUCCAUAAGAGCAGCUAUUAGUGCACGACACUGUGUGACAGGGAUCAAGGUUGGCGACACCGUGGUCCAUAUUCAGUAUGCCCCAAUUGUAAAGGUCAACUUGAUAGGAAAUUUCAUCAACAACCAUUCACGUGUUGCUAUUCCUUUGAUAUUUGCCAUCUUGGCUACACUAGCGGUUCUCGUGUUUGAUCCGAUUAGGUACUUCGCUGUCAAAGAGAAGAUCACGUCCAAAUAUUCUUUGGAAAAGAACCCAUACUUCCAACAGAUCUCGAAAUUGGCAUAUAGAACUCGUGACACAAUGUCCAGCGUUCUUUCGUUACCUGAACAAACGCACAGAGAAAUGAUCAAUGGAAUGGAUGGAAUGUGGAAAGAAAUGGAAAUUGUUGCCAAAGAGCUGAAGCUCUGGAUUGAGGAAAAUGUUAACUCUUUUAUAGUCAUUCAGGGACCUCGAGGAUCCGGUAAAAGAAAUUUGGUCGAGGAGCAUGUGCUGAAAGACAGACCUAACUGUCUCUACAUUGAUUGCGAGAAUAUCAUAAAGGGCAGGAAGGAUCAGGAGUUCAUCAAAAACUUUGCCGAUGAGUUUGGCUACUUUCCCGUGUUCUCGUGGUUGAACUCGGUCUCUUCGUUUGUGGACUUGAUAGUCCAGGGUCUCACAGGUCAAAAAUCGGGAAUUAGUGAGUCCAAAGAGACGCAGGUUAAAAAUAUGCUGUCUUUGACGAGUGCAGUUAUUAGGGAUAUCUCUCUUACCAAUUACCGUUCUGCUAGGCGAAACGACGAUUCUCAUAUGAAAGAAGAGGACUUUUUACAGCAAAAUCCACAGGACAAACCUGUUGUGGUUAUUGACCGAUUCCAGGCAGCUCGCAAAGCCAACAACGCUAACGCAUUUGUUUAUCGAGAGCUUGCAGAAUGGGCAGCAAGUAUGGUGAGCAUGAACAUAGCCCAUGUCAUUUUCGUGACAGAUGACGUUGGAAGUUUGGAGACUCUCUCCAAAGCCCUUCCAAACACGCCUUUCAAGCGCUGCCUUUUGACUGAUGCAUCGAGCUCAGCUGUCAAGAAUUUCAUUGAGCAGCAGCUUUCGCACGAUGACAGAUUAUCACGCUAUCUUGAAAAGGAUAGAGAUACUUUGAUGAAGUGUGUCGAACCUUUUGGUGGCCGCGUGCUAGAUCUCCAAGUGUUUGUGAGGCGUAUGCGCUCGGGAGAAACUCCAGAGGAGGCCUUACAUGGCAUCGUGGCCCAAUCCAUCGAACAGCUAAGUCAGCUCUUCACUAGAAAUGGCGCUUCUGGUUACAGUGCAUCUCAGGCAUGGUGUAUCAUCAAAUUACUGGCAGAGAAAGAGGUUGCAACAUACAACGAUGUUUCUCAGCUCCCAUUACUGAAGAGUGACACCCAUAAUAUACUGCAGGCCAUGGAGAACGCCGAACUAAUCACUAUCAUACGUGAGAAGGGAUUAGUGAAAGAGGUGAAACCGUCAAAGCCAUUGUAUCACUUAGCCUUCGAGACAAUGGUCAAAGAGUCAAGAAUAUACCACUCGUUGGAGACGGACUAUCUGACAAAUCUCAUUAAAUUCCAUCGCUCUAAAAUAAGCCAGUUUGAGGAGGAGCUCCAAAAGUAUAGUGGCAUUGACGAUCACAGGCUGUUCAGGGAGAGGCUGACAUAUCUCUCCAAUAAGAUUGAGGCCAGCACUAAAAGUAUCGUUGAAUGCGAAAAGAAGCUUUCAGACCUACAAUGA